AUGGCUAUCGAAUUAUCUGAAAAAGACGAAUUGUUGCAACAUCAAUUGGACUUGGAAUUGAACAAGCCAAUCCAAAAGAAGAGUAGAGCUAGAGCUUUUGCUAACGGGGCUUUAGCUUCUUUUACCGGAUUAUUGGUUGUUCUUUACUUCCUUAGACAAUCCCCAGCUGUUGAAUGUUUCAGCCCAUUUGCGAUCUUUGCUUCAGUGUUUGCUCCAGUUGCUCCUGCUCCUAUCACUGUUGAAGUAUUCGAAGUGUCCCCAGAUUUGACCCUCAGUGCUGAUGCUUAUGUCCUCAAUACCACUGUUUUUAACCAAACUCUUUCUGAUGGUAUUGCUUUCGACUACGAAGCCCCAGUCGACUUUAACUUCACUGGAGCUUUUUUGACCUUAAAUUUCUCCAAUGAGGCGUUGGUGGCUGGUAAACCAGUGGUUGCGGAAAUCUCCGUGGAUGAUACCCCAGUCUGGAGAACUUCUACCCCAUACUCCAAAUUGAACACCAUCACUCAAAGUUCCACCGUUAAGAAUGUGACUGAACUUUUGUCCUUGUUCACUGAAGACAAGAGUAUUUCCAUCAACUUUUUGGAAGGUUCUGCUGCUGCAACUGAUGUAGUUUUAGUGUUAUCUUUGUAUAAUGACACUUUAACUGCUGCCCCCGUUGCCAAAACUCCAAUUACCGUUGAAGACAUCCUUUCUGCCCACGGUCCUGCUGAUAUCAUUUUCCCAUUGACCAAUGCCGGUAAGCCUUUCAAAUUACCAACUGAUAGUUUUUCUGUCACUUUACCCCAACUCGAAUCUAACGUUACUGUUGCUAAGGUCUCUCUCUUUGCAUCUGCCACUGAGGAAGAAAUCACUUACUUCAAAAAUGAUAUCGGUAAGAUUGGUGAACCUGCAUCUAGUGGUCCUUUGAGAUACAUCAACGUCUAUGUUAACGAUGUUUACAUUUCUUCUAUUGCCCCAAAACCAGCUUUAUUCCAUGCCAAUGAAGUUUCUGACAAUGCUAAUAUCACCUCUUUGUGGCAACCAUUGGCUGACGUUGGUGCUUUCCAAGGUUUGACUUACGAAGUUGACUUGGUGUCGGUGUUGCCUUUCUUAUGGGCUGAUGAUGCUAACUUGGUGGUUGAAGUAGUUUCUCCAGUUGGUGCUGCUAACAAGGCUCCAGGUGUACCUCCAGUUUUGGCACAUCCUGUUAUUCCUGGUGAAAACGUCAUUACCACUGGCUCUUGGUUCGUCUCCGGUAACUUGUUGGCUUGGGAAUCUUCAUUGAUCUCUAGUGCCGUUGGAGAGGUGUUAAUUGGUGAAUCUUCUGAAAAGGACUCCGGAGUCGUUGUUGAACCUCCAAUGGCCAGUCCAUUUGCUCCUUCUAUUAAGACCGAGAUUGUUAAGUCUUUCAUUGAUGCUGGUAUUAUUUCUGAGUUGAACUUCACUUUAUUGGAUAACUCCACUGCAAACUACACGGUUGAAUUCAACUCGUCUACUCAUUCCAUCUUGUCCAAACACUCUAAGCUGAUCAAAACAAUUGCUGGUCCACCAGGAAGUGGUGCUGGAACUUCAACCACUACUUCCACUCUUACUUUGAUUACUGGUAUCAAGAACAAUUUUGCUAUUUUAGAUGUUGCUUCUGGUAUCGCCGUAUUCACCAAAAACGAAACUUUGGACUUCCCAUUGAAUUACAACGAAUCUGCUGUCGACAAGAAGGUGGCCUUUGUUCCACCAUCGACCUCAUCCAAGUUGACUUUUUCUAUUGGUAGUAAGGCUAAGUUGUCUAUCAAUGGUUUAAAGACCUCUUCUUAUAAGGUAAAGGAAUCUGCCAGUUUGGAUGACAUUAUCGGUACCACUACUGACGUUAAGGUGGAAAUCGAAACUGUUGGUGAACUUCCUUACUCAAGAGAAGUUGAGGCCACUAAUGGUGUUAUCACCAAAGACACUUCUGUGGCUUAA